AUGGUCUCUAUGAUCGAGACCUCUCACUCAGAGCAUAAUGACACGGUCAUGGACCCUGUCGUGCCCAAGUCCGAACCGUUGCCAGACGGUUCGAUCAGUUCAAACGUGUCAACUCCCGAUGCUGAAGCGGAGCCUUUAACUCAGGACACCGCGCAGACUCAGAAGAGAAAGGGAGGCAGAAAACCUAUCUAUGCCACUUCGGAAGAGCGUAAGCAGCGCAACAGACAAGCGCAGGCUGCCUUCCGCGAGCGACGGACCGAGUAUAUCCGUCAGCUCGAGACUACUAUCAAACGCAAUGAAGAUUCUUUGCAGAGUCUGCAGCAGAGUCAUCGCAGUGCCGCAGAUGAAUGUUUGAUGCUGCGAUAUAAAAAUUCUCUGUUGGAGCGAAUCCUUCUCGAGAAAGGCAUCGAUGUGCAAGCAGAGCUACGCUUGAAGACAGGGGCGCCGGGCGCUUCUGCAAAGGCGAACCCAGUGCCUCCCAAGUCGGCAUCGGGACCUCCUGGUCUUCGACCUGGACAAAGGCAUCCCGCCGGGAUCGCCUCCAAGCCGGAUGCCUUCGGCAUGUCGCAGCGGGAGGGUGCAUAUGGCGUGGCGUCUCCGCAAUUCCAGGCCACGCCUACCUCGCACGUGUCUUCGCCGUCCCACGUCAAAUCGCCCGGGUUCGGCUUCCAGGGUGGCAUGUCACCCGUUGGAGUGGACUCGCAGGGCGGACGUCCCCAGCUGUUACCACAGCCGCGGACUUUCAACAACCAAACUUCGCCGCCAGGCAUGAGCAUGCCGCAAACCGACCCAACGGACCCCAAGCCUCGGGGGCCUCGGGGACGCAAUGUUGCCGCUUAUUACCCAUCUCCAUUCCAAAAGCAUUAUGACCAACUUGAACAAGAAUAUGAUGCACAGGCCGAUCUCGUGGACGAAGAUCACGACGGCUCAGUCAAUACGCCCUACGGUGUACCAGGAUUUACGCCGCAGUCGGUAGCAUCCGGGUCUCAUAUGACGGGGUACAACGCUCCUCCUGGUGGGGACGCGAACCCUGGAGAUUUCGGGAAUGCAAACCAUCUCAUGGGCCAGUACGAGCCGAUGUUGGACACGGAUCCGUUCGGACUCAGCGCCAGCAUGCAUUUUCCAACACCUUUUAACUACGAGCAGAACAAUUCUCGGACAUGA